UCCGCCUGUCUUCUCUCCUGACAGACCGCAAAUGACCUUAGUCUCCGCAAUAUCACACAACUUAGACUGGAGCGCUCAAUAAACGGCAUACCGGGAGCGAUGGCCGGGAUGUUCGGGAAGAUAUUUGUUGGCAUUUAUGUGGAGAUAAAACGGAGCGACGGACGAAUACACCAGGCGAUGGUCACAUCACUGCAUGAAGACAAUGAGAGUGUGACAGUGGAAUGGAUUGAGAACGGAGACACCAAAGGGAAAGAGAUUGAUCUGGAGAGCGUCUUUGCUCUGAAUCCAGAUGUAGCUCCUGAUGAAGAGAUACCACAGAGUCCCGAGGCUCCUGUUCCUCCCUCCAAUGUUGCCAAAACCAGCAAAGUACCCAAGACCAGACGGACUACAGCGAUACCCAAGGCUGAAAAUACCCCACGGGAGAACAGAGCUGCCUCAGUGGGAACAACCCGGGCACGUCCCAGUCAGCACAGCCAAGCUGCGGAGCCACCCCCACCAACCAUCGUUCCCCAGCCUGCCGUAAACCAGUCACUGAUACAGCAGCAGAACGCACGGAGGAAAUCGAACUGUGUGAAGGAGGUGGAGAAACUGCAGGAGAAAAGAGAGAAGAGACGUCUUCAGCAACAAGAGCUCAGAGAGAAGAGGGCACAAGAGGUGGAUGUUAAUUUACCAAACUAUGAAAUUAUGUGUAUGAUCAGAGACUUCAGAGCCAGUCUGGACUACAGACCUUUAACCACAAACGAUCUGAUUGAGGAGCACAGGAUAUGCGUGUGCGUUCGUGCACGUCCCCUCAACAAAAAAGAGUUAUCAACAAAGGAUCUGGAUGUCAUCACCAUUCCCAGUAAGGACGUUGUAAUGGUCCAUGAGCCCAAGCAGAAAGUUGACUUGACCCGCUACCUGGAGAACCAGACCUUCCGAUUUGACUAUGCCUUUGAUGAGAACUCCACCAAUGAAAUGGUUUACAGGUUCACUGCUCAGCCGCUGGUUGAGACCAUUUUUGAGAGGGGAAUGGCGACGUGCUUUGCAUACGGACAAACUGGAAGUGGAAAAACACAUACAAUGGGAGGGGACUUCUCAGGAAAGAACCAGGACUGCUCCAAAGGGAUCUAUGCACUGUCUGCCAGAGACGUUUUUCUCAUGUUAAAGAAGCCAAAUUAUAAGAAGCUGGACCUGCAAGUCUUUGCCACAUUUUUUGAAAUUUACAGUGGGAAGGUGUUUGACCUGUUAAACCGUAAAGCCAAGUUACGGGUGCUGGAAGACGGGAAGCAGCAGGUGCAGGUGGUGGGCCUGCAGGAGAGGGAGGUGAAAUGCACAGAAGACGUCCUCAAACUCAUCGAAGUGGGAAACAGCUGCAGGACGUCUGGGCAGACAUCGGCCAACGCUCACUCCUCCCGGAGUCACGCUGUUUUCCAGAUCAUCCUGCGUCGGCGGGGGAAGAUGCAUGGAAAGUUCUCUCUUAUCGACCUGGCAGGGAAUGAGAGAGGGGCAGACACGUCCAGCGCUGACCGGCAGACUCGCCUCGAGGGAGCAGAGAUCAACAAAAGUCUGCUGGCACUCAAGGAGUGUAUUCGAGCCCUGGGCAGAAAUAAACCACACACUCCAUUUAGAGCCAGCAAGUUAACCCAAGUGCUGCGGGACUCGUUCAUAGGAGAAAACUCCAGAACAUGCAUGAUUGCAACCAUCUCUCCUGGGAUGGCAUCUUGUGAAAACACACUGAACACAUUGAGAUAUGCCAACAGAGUAAAGGAAUUUGGGAUAAGUCCCUCAGACAUUCCCUUCUCCCAGAGUGGGGGUGGAGGAGGUCGCUCUGAGCUCUCCCCUACCUAUGAGGUGAAGGAGCUCACAGUGGACCCUGCGGCAGCCAUGAUGGAGAGCCAUCAGGGAGGACACAUCACGCAGCUGGAGGUGCUGGAGGCUCAGUGGGGAGUGGGGAGCUCUCCACAGAGAGAUGAUCUGAAGCUGCUCUGUGAACAGAACGAGGAAGAGGUUUCCCCGCAGCUCUUCACUUUCCAUGAAGCCGUCUCUCAGCUGGUAGAGAUGGAGGAGCAGGUGCUAGAGGAUCACAGGGCUGUUUUUCAGGAGUCGAUCCGGUGCUUGGAGGAUGAGAAGGUGCUUCUGGAAAUGACAGAGGAGGUGGACUAUGAUGUUGAAUCAUAUGCAACUCAGUUAGAACAAAUCCUGGACCAGAAGAUAGACAUUCUUACUGAGCUAAGAGAUAAAGUCAAGUCUUUCCGUUGUGCUCUCCAGGAAGAGGAACAAGCUAGCAAACAAAUCACCCCCAAGAGGCCUCGGGCGCUAUAGACGCAUAACAUGUGCUAUUUCACUGAUUGGUCCUCAGAGAGGUGAAGGCCAUAAGGAGGUCAGUGCUGAUGAAGCAGCUGAUUUAACUCAGCUGUGAUUUUAUGGUGUGAGUUCCUGUUAGUGUGUUUGGUUUUCCCUGACCUCUCUGCUGUACAGACUGCUUCCUGUCAUCCAUCCAUCCAUUUGCAAAGCCAAAGAGCGUACCGCCCACGCUCUGCCAUGUUCCUGUAAAGCGUAUCUAUAAAGUUUUUCUCUGUGUGCUUAAUCCCAAGUACUUGACUUUAAAACAAAAAAAAGUUCAGACAUUGUUUUAAAUUAUUUUUUAUCAGAUCAGUCAUGCUCACCAGGGCAAUUUUAUAAACCACCUUUGCCAUUUUGUGCAAUAUUUGGAGGAAUUUUUCUGCCUGUUCUUCCUGUUUCAGCUCGGAUGAACAGGGCAUGUCAAGUUUGUAACAUGAGCCAUGUGUUUGUGUUGAUACUGUAUGUAAUUAAGGUUUGAUUGAGACAAGCCUAAAAUUAACCUUAUGUGACAUUAACUGCACUAAAGGGUGCACUAUGAUCAAGGUGUUUUAGGAUACAUUUACAGAAACAGUUUUUUUCAU